UGCAGCCUGCCUUGCCAGGGUCGGACUGAAGCUCAAGAAACGACAAGGAGAAGCGAACAUCUGGCCGCACAUCAUGAAAGGACAUCGGGGCUUCUAGGAAAAAACACGACGAACUGGGCGGAAAUAAAUGUUAUGAGGGAAGAAUGGAGUUUCCAGACCAUAGCCGCCAGUUGCUGCAGUGUCUGAGUCAGCAGCGUCACCAAGGUUUCCUCUGUGACUGCACUGUUCUUGUCGGGGAGGCUCGAUUCAAAGCGCACAGAGCAGUGCUGGCCUCCUGCAGCAUGUACUUCCAUCUCUUCUACAGGGACCAGCUAGACAAAAGGGACGUUGUGCAUCUCAACAGUGACAUUGUGACAGCCCCGGCUUUCAGUCUGCUCCUUGAAUUUAUGUAUGAGGGGAAGUUGGAAUUCAGCACUCUGCCGGUGGAGGAUGUCCUGGCCGCAGCCAGUUACCUCCACAUGUAUGAUAUAGUCAAAGUGUGUAAAGGCAAGCUGAAAGAUAAGGAACUUUCCCCCAUUGAUGAAAAGGUUGGUGAGGGUUUUGGACUCAGCUGUCAGGACAGGGAAUAUUCCUCGGAUGGCGAGCUGCACAGUAAGCAGCUCAUUCGGCGACAGCCCCAGACACAGUCUCAUGGGCUUCAUAGGCCCCCCCAACCAGAGGAGUUUGACAUGGACAAGAGCGAAGUCAGGCUGGCUGUCACAAAUUGUGAUAGGUCUACACAGAGCAGGCAGAAGGCAAACGGUCACUCUGGCAGGUCCCCGGACCUUGUAGGUGUCAAUUAUGUGUCAGCAGAGGCCGAGCCCUGUGUCCAAACAGCUGGAAAAACAAAAGCUGAUGUCAGUAGUUCCACCGUAUCGCUGUCCCAGAGGUCCCGGGCUUCGGAUGACAUGGACUGUGCACUGGAUUUGUCUUUCAAGCCUCUGUCUAGCAGAGAUCCCUUACACCCCUCCUACGUCUCGGGACAGCUGGCCCUCGACAGCCAGCAGCAGGGCACUGAGCCACUUGUUAAAGACGAACACGACUUGCUGUCAGAGCAGGAGGACAGUGAGCCGAUGAGCCCUGAGAGCCAGCGCUUUGGGAAUAGUGCCAGGAGCUCAGUGGUGACAGGGUUCGCUGCCCUCUUCCCAGGCAACAACGGCUCCACAGCCGCCCUGCUCUCCCAGGAGGAGGACCUGAUGGACGAGGAGGGGGAGGCCUGCAGAGGGAGGGAGGGCGCCCCAGGAAGGGAGGUAGAGGAGAGGAGGGGUAGGCUGCUGGGGGACAGCGAGGAGGAGGAGGAGGACGAUUUGGCCUCUUCAGACAUCUCCACCUCCAGCGGGGUGCUCCUGCCCCCGGGGCAACAGGUGUGUGUGUGCCCCCUCUGCAGUAAAGUCUUCCCCAGCCCCCAUGUGCUGCAACUGCACCUCAGCUCACACUUCCGCGAGAAGGACGGCGCUCGCUCCAAGCUGUCCCCCGACGGCUCGGUCCCCACCUGCAUGCAGUGCAACAAGACCUUCUCCUGCAUGUAUACCCUUAAGCGCCACGAGCGCACACACUCUGGCGAGAAGCCAUACACCUGUGGCCAGUGUGGCAAGAGCUUCCAGUACUCCCAUAACUUGAGCCGGCACGCUGUAGUUCACACACGUGAGAAGCCUCACGCUUGUAAGUGGUGCGAACGGCGCUUCACCCAGUCUGGAGACCUCUACCGCCACAUCAGGAAGUUUCACUGUGGCCUUGUCAAGACUCUCGCCAUUGGAUAAAACGCCUCUCACCAGUGCCAUAACAUGAGACAGAAUGUCUUUUCAUACACUGAAUAUUACUACUGAACAAUCUUUCCAUUAGUAUACACAUGUUGGCAGUUUGCUGGAGACAUAUCUUUUGGAUUCUACCCCAUGUGGUAUUUCCCAUGUUUAAAAUGUAGCAACUUAAAAAAAAAAAAAAACUGGAGCUGUUUUCUGAGCAGGACUGUGUCAGAGAUGUACAUGAUGGUCAGAGGCCGACAGUUGAAGGUGCACAGGCUGUUCAGAUUAACAUGGGUGCUGUGAAACUCAAGCUGGAUCUGUGUCGAAGGUGAACAAAUCAGAUGAUGCACUUGUUUGUUUCUGUCUUGUUUGAGUUUAUUUGAGGAGUGUAUUU